AUGGAUCAACAAGAGCAAAACCAAGUUGCGAUGAGAGAAGAAUUUCUCACCAUGAGAUCCCAAAUGGGUCAGCUUAUGGAGACUAUUCAAGCUAUGGAUAGAGGCCAAGAAGAGUUACGACAUGCCAAUCUCAGAGUUGCUGCUGCAAAUCCUCCAGUGACACUCCAGGUGAAUACACCAGUUAUGACCCAACGACCUCCUGAGGGAGGUCCCAUGAAUCAGAAUAUUGGGGCUGCAUUCAACAUUCUUGUCAAUGGGGGUGAUCAACCUAAGAUAGAUGAUCAUCAUGAUGCUUUUUUCAUCCCAAAGGAUGAUUCAUUUUAUGACACCUUCGGACCAUCAACUGCUGAGGUGGAGAAAAAUUUAUGUGCCUUGGAAGAAAAUAUGAAGUCAAUUGAAGGAUACAGUUCCUUUGGGUUAGACACUACUGACAUGUGUUUGGUUCCGGGUGUUAAAAUUCCUGUGAAGUUCAAGGUCCCUGACUUUGAAAAGUAUAAGGGAGUUAGCUGUCCUAGAACUCAUAUCAGGUCUUACUGUAGGAAUAUAGUUUCCUACUCCGACGAUGAGAAGUUACUGAUUCAUUUCUUUUAA